GUUUAUGGGGGGCAUAUGGAGUCUCUCUGUCACCCAGGCUGGAGUGCAGUGGCGCCAUCUCAGCUCAUUGCAACCUCCGCCUCCUGGGUUCAAGCGAUUCUCCUGCCUCAGCCUCCCAAGUAGUGGGGACUACAGGUGUGAGCCACCACACCCAGCUAAUUUUUGUGUUUUUAGUAGAGACGGGGUUUCACUGUAUUGGCCAGAGUGGUCUCAAACUCCUGACCUCAAGUGAUCCACCCACCUUGGCCUCCCAAAGUGCUGGGAUUAUAGACGUGAGCCACCGUGCCUGGCCUCAUCUGUUUAAUAAGUUAUGAAAUGCUGAUCCUUUGGCACUACCCACUUGAGUUCUGCUCCAGAAUCCAUAAUAAUGGCUCAAGACAUGGUGUUUCUUAGCUGAUCCCUCUGCCUGGGGGAUCAUUUCCCUAAGUUCAAAUACCAUUCAGAUUUCAGGCUAGUUGUCAUUUCAGAGAGCCAAUUCCUGAUCUUCCAAUUUAAUUUAGCCACUUGUCACUCACUAUCUCAUUGCCCUAUUGACUCUGCAUUGCCUGUAUCACUCUAGGAUAUUUUUCUUAUUUAUUUAUUGAACUGUGUAUUUCUAUUUGAAUGGAGCUCAGUGAGAGCGAGAUUUUCUCUCUUAUUCACUGCUUUAUUUCUAGCAUCUGGAGUAGCGGCUUGGUCAUAGUAGGCUUGCUCUGUCUAUCAAUCAAUCAUCCAUCCAUCCAUCUGUCCGUCCAUCAGUCCCUCUGUCCAUCCAUCCAUCUAUCCAUGUCCUAUCUGUCUACUUAUCAUCUGUAUUUCUUUCUUUCUCCCCUCCCUCCAUCCCUUCUAUCUUAAGAUGGUUCAGUCAUGACACUAUGGAAUGAAGCAGUAAAUCUACAGUAAAUCUACAGUAAAUCUGCUUCUCCAGUUAGGAUGUGGGAAGACCUUUUUUCCUUUACAGUUAAUCACUUAACUCUUGAUUUCUCUUUCAGAUUCUUCCUUCUUGUAUCAAGCCCAAGAUACAACAGAACGCUGAGAAACUGAGCUUCAAUGAUAAAAAUCUGAUUUUGAAAAAUUAUUUCUCACUGCCUCUGUGUUUUUGUUUUAUUUUGCCAGGGCUAUAUGUAUGAAUGACAAGGAUACCUUCAGCCAGCUCAUUCUGGAUGAAUGAAUGAUUACACUAAGCGUCCUCCACAUUCCUCUGUGGGCUCACUUCAUGGACUCACUUUGCGUGCUUGUUAAAUGUGCUGUGUUGCUUCCACGACCAUGUAAAGCCUACUGACCACUAACCUCCCUCAGAGCAGAAACUAGACUUCAGGUUAAAAUGGGCAACUCCGAGAGUCAAUACACCCUUCAAGGAUCUAAAAAUCAUAGCAAUACUAUUACUGGUGCUAAGCAAAUUCCUUGCUCCCUGAAAAUACGUGGCAUUCAUGCAAAAGAGGAAAAGUCGUUGCAUGGAUGGGGUCACGGAAGCAGCGGAGCAGGUUACAAGUCCAGGUCCCUGGCCCGAAGCUGCCUUUCUCACUUUAAGAGUAACCAGCCUUACGCAUCGAGACUCGGUGGCCCCACAUGCAAGGUCUCCAGAGGUGUUGCCUACUCCACGCACAGGAAAAAUGCCCCAGGGAAGGAUUUCCAGGGCAUCAGUGCUGCUUUCUCAACUGAGAACGGCUUCCUCUCUGUUGGCCACGAGCUGGCAGAUAACCACAUCACCUCCAGAGACUGCAACGGACACCUUCUCAACUGCUACGGGAGGAAUGAGAGCAUUGCCUCCACCCCACCGGGCGAAGACCGCAAGAGCCCCAGAGUGCUCAUCAAAACGCUGGGGAAGCUGGAUGGGUGUUUAAGGGUCGAGUUCCACAAUGGUGGCAACCCCAGCAAAGUGCCUGCAGAGGACUCCAGUGAGCCGGUGCAGCUGCUGAGGUACUCACCUACCUUAGCAUCGGAAACCUCCCCUGUGCCUGAAGCCAGGAGGGGUUCCAGCGCUGAUUCCCUGCCCAGCCAUCGCCCCUCUCCCACGGACUCUCGCCUGCGGUCCAGCAAAGGCAGCUCCCUGAGUUCUGAGUCAUCCUGGUAUGACUCCCCUUGGGGCAAUGCUGGAGAGCUGAGCGAGGCUGAGGGCUCCUUCCUGGCCCCUGGCAUGCCUGACCCCAGCCUCCAUACCAGCUUGCCACCUGGUGAUGCCGAAAAGCCUUUCAACCAAAGCUCUUCCCUCUCCUCGCUCCGGGAACUGUACAAAGAUGCCAACCUGAGGAGCCUCUCCCCCUCAGGUAUCCGCCUUUCUGAUGAAUACAUAGGCACGCACGCCAGCCUGAGCAACCGCGUCUCUUUUGCCUCCGACAUUGAUGUGCCCUCCAGGGUGGCACACAGGGACCCCAUCCAGUACAGUUCCUUCACUCUCCCCUGUCGGAAGCCCAAAGCCUUAGUUGAGGACACCGCGAAGAAGGACUCCCUCAAAGCCAGGAUGCGACGGAUCAGUGACUGGACGGGAAGCCUCUCGAGGAAGAAAAGGAAACUCCAGGAGCCGAGGUCCAAGGAGGGCAGUGACUACUUUGACAGUCGCUCUGAUGGACUGAAUACAGAUGUGCAGGGAUCCUCCCAGGCGUCUGCUUUUCUGUGGUCAGGGGGCUCUGCUCAGAUCCUGUCUCAGAGAAGUGAAUCCACACAUGCGAUUGGCAGCGAUCCCCUCCGGCAGAACAUUUAUGAGAAUUUCAUGCGAGAGUUGGAAAUGAGCAGAACCAACACUGAGAACAUAGAAACAUCUACAGAAACUGCCGAGUCCAGCAGCGAGUCACUCAGCUCUCUGGAACAGCUGGAUCUGCUCUUUGAGAAGGAACAGGGGGUGGUCCGGAAAGCCGGGUGGCUCUUCUUCAAGCCCCUGGUCACUGUGCAGAAGGAAAGGAAGCUUGAGCUGGUGGCACGAAGGAAAUGGAAACAGUACUGGGUAACGCUGAAAGGAUGCACGCUGCUGUUUUAUGAGACCUAUGGGAAGAAUUCCAUGGAUCAGAGCAGUGCCCCUCGGUGUGCUCUGUUUGCAGAAGACAGCGUAGUGCAGUCUGUUCCAGAACAUCCCAAGAAAGAAAAUGUGUUCUGCCUCAGCAACUCCUUUGGAGAUGUCUACCUUUUCCAGGCCACCAGCCAGCCAGAUCUAGAAAACUGGGUCACCGCCAUACACUCUGCUUGUGCAUCCCUUUUUGCAAAGAAGCAUGGGAAAGAGGACACACUGCGGCUGCUGAAGAACCAGACCAAAAACCUGCUUCAGAAGAUAGACAUGGACAGCAAGAUGAAGAAGAUGGCAGAGCUGCAGCUGUCCGUGGUGAGCGACCCAAAGAACAGGAAGGCCAUAGAGAACCAGAUACAGCAAUGGGAGCAGAAUCUUGAGAAAUUUCACAUGGAUCUGUUCAGGAUGCGCUGCUAUCUGGCCAGCCUACAAGGUGGAGAGUUACCGAACCCCAAGAGUCUCCUUGCAGCCGCCAGCCGCCCCUCCAAGCUGGCCCUCGGCAGGCUGGGCAUCUUGUCUGUUUCCUCUUUCCAUGCUCUGGUAUGUUCUAGAGAUGACUCUGCUCUCCGGAAAAGGACACUGUCACUGACCCAGCGAGGGAGAAACAAGAAGGGAAUAUUUUCUUCGUUAAAAGGGCUGGACACACUGGCCAGAAAAGGGAAGGAGAAGAGACCUUCUAUAACUCAGAUAUUUGAUUCAAGUGGCAGCCAUGGAUUUUCUGGAACUCAGCUACCUCAAAACUCCAGUAACUCCAGUGAGAUGAGGCAGUUGGAACCUAGCCAUUAUGGCCUACAGCUUCGAAAAUUAGUAGAUGACAAUGUUGAGUAUUGCUUCCCUGCCCCAUAUGAAUAUAUGCAAGAACAGGUUUAUGAUGAAAUAGAAGUCUUUCCACUAAAUGUUUAUGAUGUGCAGCUCACGAAGACUGGGAGUGUGUGUGACUUUGGCUUUGCAGUUACAGCGCAGGUGGAUGAGCAUCAGCAUCUCAGCCGGAUAUUUAUAAGUGACGUUCUUCCCGAUGGCCUGGCGUAUGGGGAAGGGCUGAGAAAGGGCAAUGAGAUCAUGAUGCUAAAUGGGGAAGCUGUGUCUGAUCUUGACCUUAAGCAGAUGGAGGCCCUGUUUUCUGAGAAGAGCGUCGAACUCACUCUGAUUGCCCGGCCUCUGGACACAAAAGCAACCCUGUGUACAUCCUGGUCAGACAGUGACCUGUUCUCCAGGGACCAGAAGAGUCUGCUGCCCCCUCCUAACCAGUCCCAACUGCUGGAGGAAUUCCUGGAUAACUUUAAAAAGAAUACAGCCAAUGAUUUCAGCAACGUCCCUGAUAUCACAACAGGUCUGAAAAGGAGUCAGACAGAUGGCACUCUGGAUCAGGUUUCCCACAGGGAGAAAAUGGAGCACACAUUCAGGAGUGCUGAGCAGAUCACUGCACUGUGCAGGAGUUUUAACGACAGUCAGGCCAACAGCAUGGAAGGACAGCGGGAGAGUCAGGAUCCUCCUCCGAGGCCUCUGGCCCGCCACCUCUCUGAUGCAGACCGCCUCCGCAAAGUCAUCCAGGAGCUUGUGGACACAGAGAAGUCCUACGUGAAGGAUCUGAGCUGCCUCUUUGAAUUAUACUUGGAGCCACUUCAGAAUGAGACCUUUCUUACCCAAGAUGAGAUGGAGUCACUUUUUGGAAGUUUGCCAGAGAUGCUUGAGUUUCAGAAGGUGUUUCUGGAGACCUUGGAGGAUGGGAUUUCAGCAUCAUCUGACUUUAACACCCUAGAAACCCCCUCACAGUUUAGAAAAUUACUGUUUUCCCUUGGAGGCUCUUUCCUUUAUUACGCGGACCACUUUAAACUGUACAGUGGAUUCUGUGCUAACCAUAUCAAAGUACAGAAGGUUCUGGAGCGAGCUAAAACUGACAAAGCCUUCAAAGCUUUUCUGGACGCCCGGAACCCCACCAAGCAGCAUUCCUCUACGCUGGAGUCCUACCUCAUCAAGCCGGUUCAGAGAGUGCUCAAGUACCCGCUGCUGCUCAAGGAGCUGGUGUCCCUGACGGACCAGGAGAGCGAGGAGCACUACCACCUGACGGAAGCACUAAAGGCAAUGGAGAAAGUAGCGAGCCACAUCAAUGAGAUGCAGAAGAUCUAUGAGGAUUACGGGACCGUGUUUGACCAGCUAGUAGCUGAGCAGAGCGGAACAGAGAAGGAGGUAACAGAACUUUCGAUGGGAGAGCUUCUGAUGCACUCUACGGUUUCCUGGUUGAAUCCAUUUCUGUCUCUAGGAAAAGCUAGAAAGGACCUUGAGCUCACAGUAUUUGUUUUUAAGAGAGCCGUCAUACUGGUUUAUAAAGAAAACUGCAAACUGAAAAAGAAAUUGCCCUCGAAUUCCCGGCCUGCACACAACUCUGCUGACUUGGACCCAUUUAAAUUCCGCUGGUUGAUCCCCAUCUCCGCGCUUCAAGUCAGACUGGGGAAUCCAGCAGGGACAGAAAAUAAUUCCAUAUGGGAACUGAUCCAUACAAAGUCAGAAAUAGAAGGACGGCCAGAAACCAUCUUUCAGUUGUGUUGCAGUGACAGUGAAAGCAAAACCAACAUUGUUAAGGUGAUUCGUUCUAUUCUGCGGGAAAACUUCAGGCGUCACAUAAAGUGUGAAUUACCACUGGAGAAAACGUGUAAGGAUCGCCUGGUACCUCUUAAGAACCGAGUUCCUGUUUCAGCCAAAUUAGCUUCAUCCAGGUCUUUAAAAGUCCUGAAGAAUUCCUCCAGCAACGAGUGGACUGGUGAGACUGGCAAGGGAACCUUGCUGGACUCUGACGAGGGCAGCUUGAGCAGCGGCACCCAGAGCAGCGGCUGCCCCACGGCCGAGGGCAGGCAGGACUCCAAGAGCGCUUCUCCUGAGAAAUACCCACACCCCGGCUUGGCAGAUUUUACCGACAAUCUCAUCAAAGAGAGUGACAUCCUGAGCGAUGAAGAUGAUGACCACCAUCAGACUGUGAAGCGAGGCAGCCCUACUAAAGACAUCGAAAUUCAGUUCCAGAGACUGAGGAUUUCCGAGGACCCAGACCUUCACCCCGAGGCUGAGCAGCAGCCUGGCCCGGAGUUGGGUAAGGGUCAGAAAGGAGGACAGCAGCCCAAACUGGUCCGGGGGCACUUCUGCCCCAUCAAACGAAAAGCCAACAGCACCAAGAGGGACAGAGGAACUUUGCUCAAGGCGCAGAUCCGUCACCAGUCCCUUGACAGUCAAUCUGAAAAUGCCACCAUCGACCUAAAUUCUGUUCUAGAGCGAGAAUUCAGUGUCCAGAGUUUAACAUCUGUUGUCAAUGAGGAGUGUUUUUAUGAAACAGAGAGCCACGGAAAAUCAUAG